AUGGCGGCCUUGGCGGCGAUUGUCGACAAGAGCGUUGUAGAUGAUACGAGCAUUAGCCUUUUCUACAACACAAGCAAGGCACAGCUAGCCAUCUCGCUGCAGUCCAGUACCGAUAUCAACUACCAGGCUGAAGACACUUGGGUAACGACCGACGAUCAUUAUAAUAGAUACAUCCUGAAUCCGUCUUCCAUUGCGGCAGCCUACUACCGCGGACUUAAAUUUGUGGUAGCCAUGACUAUACCGAAGAAAGGGGAGGGAGAGACAGGGGCGGACGUCCAAAUAUCUCUUGUGUCGCCUAUAUGUCAAGAUCUUACACCAGGAACGUUCGAGAAUAACCAUAUUGCCUUAGGCGCGACCACAGAUGGGAACCAAGGUUGGCUGUAUUAUCUCAAUGAUGGUUCCGAUACUAGAAAAAGAGUAGUGGAAUUAGAUCUCAACAGCAAAAUUACGCAGGUCCUAAGCAGUAUAGUUCAGGUAGAUUAUAACAGCUCUCUAGCCGCUUGGUAUGACCAGGUCAAUGAGGAACGGCAUAUUAUCUACGAAGGCGGGGGCCUCCGCGACUUCAAUAUAGAUAAAAAUACUCUCACUACCGUACAUGCGGGCGACAUGACCCCUAGUACGUCUAUUGGGGUAGUCUACUCUAAGUCAACCAAAAAGGCAUACCUCUACUAUUGUAACGUAAACCAGAAUAUUAUGCGAGGCGUCAUGAGCGAAGGCGAUUGGAAAGAUUCCCAGGAGAUCCAAGGCGCCCCCAUGGUUGCCGAGAAUAGUCAGAUCACCGUUACGCAGGCAAAUGGAUUUAAUCACGUAUUUUACAUUCCUAAGAACCUGGGCACGGAAGAGGGCGGGGAUCAGAGCCCCUUUGCUCACAUCCUUGAUAAUAUCGAUUGA